UUUUGGGUUGGUGAAUUCAUAGAUUUAUGAUGCAUGUUAUGCAAGACUUUGGUUCCGAUUAUGGAACCAAGAUACAUUGCUUGCUAGUCAUUGAAUUUGAACUCGUAAGCUCCAUCUUGCUGGACAAAUCACCGUGAAAUUGAUGAAUUCAUACAUGUGAAGCAUCGAAAAUCCCCUCACAAUCUAGAGAAUUUCAGAGAGGUGAAGAAAUUCUCAGUUCUCAUGAGAAAUCCGCGCCGCGGGAAACCCUAAUUAGUCUCGUCGCUCUCGAAUGCUUUCAUGGAGAAGAGCAUUUACACAAUCCUCACCGUUGGUCGCUGGGAGUCACUGAAUCACAUGAACUAUAAGUUCGCUUCACUCAGACCGAUUCAUGGAGUUCUAGCGUGGAAAUUCCUCAAGUGGGUUAUCAAACAGCCUGGUUUGGAACCCAAUCACCGCACGCAUAUACUCGGUAUUACUACUCAUAUACUCGUUAAAGCUAGAUUAUACGAUCAUGCUAAAUCAAUUCUGAAACAUCUAUCACUGAGAAAUUCUGGGUCGAAUUUUCUUUUUGGUGUUCUUAUGGAUACAUACCCUGUUUGCAGCUCAAAUCCAGCAGUUUUUGACCUUUUAAUUAGGGUUUAUUUGCGACAAGGAAUGAUUGGGCACGCUGUUAAUACUUUUUCUUCCAUGAUCAUUCGUGGGUUUAAGCCAUCUGUUUAUACUUGUAACAUGAUCAUGGCUUCCAUGGUGAAGCACUGUAGAGCUCACUUGGUUUGGUCUUUUUUUAAGGAAAUGCUUAUCAGUAGAGUUCGUCCAAAUGUUUCGAGUUUUAAUAUAUUGAUGAAUGUUCUAUGUGUGCAAGGGAAGCUUAAGAAAGCUGUUCAUACUUUAACAAUGAUGGAGAGGAAUGGUUAUGUUCCGACGAUAGUUAGUUAUAAUACCUUGCUUAGUUGGUGCUGUAAGAAAGGAAGAUUUAAAUCUGCACUUAAGCUUAUUCAUCAUAUGGAAGGGAAGGGAAUUCGGGCGGACGUGUGUACUUACAAUAUGCUUGUCGAUAGUUUGUGUAGAAACAGUAGAAGUGCACAAGGGUAUUUAGUUUUGAAGAAAAUGAGGAAGAAGAUGAUAACUCCUAAUGAAGUUUCUUACAAUACUUUAAUUAAUGGCUUUGUCAAGGAGGGAAAGAUUGGGGUUGCUACUCGGGUUUUUGAUGAGAUGACGGAGCUUAAUCUUUCGCCAAAUCUCAUAACUUACAAUAUUCUCAUUAAUGGACACUGCAUUGAUGGUAAUUUUGAAGAAGCUUUGAGAGUUUUGGAUGUGAUGGAAGCGAAUGACGUGAGGCCUAAUGAGGUUACGAUUGGAACGUUUUUAAAUGGACUGUACAAGGGUGCCAAAUUUGACAUGGCCAGAAAUAUUUUGGAGAGAUUUAGAAUCGAUCGAACGUCUCUUAAUUUUAUCGCAUAUACUGUGAUGAUGGAUGGCUUAUGCAGAAAUGGGUUGCUUGAUGAAGCCUUUGAAUUACUAAGUGAGAUGUGUAAGGUUGGUGUUGAUCCCGAUAUCAUAACGUUUUCAGUGCUUAUAAAUGGAUUCUGCAAAGCUAGGAAUAUUAAGAAGGCGAAGGAGAUUAUGUCUAAAAUGUAUAGAGCAGGACUCGUUCCGAACACUGUUAUUUUCUCUACAUUAGUAUAUAACUCUUGUAAGGCUGGAAACGUUUAUGAAGCGAUGAAGUUCUAUGCUGCUAUGAAUCUGAGUGGGCAGCAUGUUGACAUAUUCACAUGUAAUUUAUUGGUCAAUUCUCUUUGUGAAAAUGGAAAACUAGUAGAAGCAGAGGAAUUUGUGCAUCACAUAAGUAGGAUCGGUCUUGCACUUAAUUCUAUUACAUUUGAUUGUAUCAUAAAUGGAUAUGCAAAUGUGGGAGAUGGGUUAAGGGCGUUUUCAGUGUUUGAUAAAAUGAUUAGUUGUGGUCAUCACCCUAGUCCGUUCACCUACGGCAGUCUUUUGAAAGUGUUAUGUAGGGGAAAGAAUUUUCGGGAAGCAAGACAACUAUUGAAGAAGCUUCAUUGUAUUCCAUUGGGCGUGGAUACUAUAUCGUACAACACGUUAAUUGUUGAGAUAAGUAAGUCGGGAAAUUUGCUGGAAGCAGUUCUUCUAUUUGAUGAGAUGAUUCAGAAUAAUGUUCUCCCAGAUAGUUAUACAUACACUAAUAUUCUGGCUGGUUUGAUUAGAAACGGGAGAUUGGUUUGUGCCAUCGUGUUCUUGGCAAGACUCGUGCAAAAAGGAGUUCUAUCAUUGAAUUCAAUUGUCUACACCUGUUUGAUUGAUGGCCUUUUCAAGGCUGGCCAGUCGAAGGCUGCAGUAUUUCUUUUGAAGGAAAUGGAGGGAAAAGGCCUCUCGUUGGAUUCAAUUGCGCUUAAUUCGAUCAUAGAUGGAUAUUCAAGGAUGGGAAAAGUGCUUAGUGUUCGUUCUCUCAUUUCAACUAUGAACAACACAAAUGUAACGCCUAACUUGACUACGUUUAAUAUAUUAUUACAUGCGUAUUCCAGAGGACGGGAUAUAAUGACGUGCUUUAUGUUAUAUAAACGUAUGAGGAGAAGUGGCUUUUUACCUGACAGAUUAACAUACCAUUCUCUUAUACUUGGACUUUGCAACCAUGGUAUGUUGGAACUUGGAAUUAAGAUGUUGAAAAUGGUAACUGCAGAAGGUUCUACUAUCGAUGACGUGACAUUUAAUAUGCUCAUUAGGAAGUGUUGCGAAAUCAAUAAGCUGGAUAAAGUCAUCGAUUUGACGAAUAACAUGGAAGUUUAUCGAGUUACUCUCGAUGCAGACACACAAAAAGCUAUUACUGAUGGACUUAUUAGAAGGAUGGUUUCCCAAAAUUCGUUUGUUUUUAUGCUUGAAAUGCUUGAAAAGGGUUUCAUCCCUACGUUUGGACAAUAUUGCACUCUGAUGAAAGGAAUGUGUCGAGUGGGCAACAUACAAGGGGCGUUUGAAUUGAAAGAUAAGAUGGUGGCACUUGGUGUUAGCUUGGAUGAUGCUGCAGAGUGUGCUAUGGUUCGAGGGCUUGCACUUUGUGGGAAGAUUGAAGAGGCAAUGUGGAUUCUUCGAAGCAUGCUUCGGAUGCAGAAAAUCCCUACUACCAGCACGUUUACAACUUUGAUGCACGUCUUAUGCAAAAAAGGAAAUUUUAAGGAGGCACAAAAUUUGAAGAGCCUUAUGGAGCAUUAUCAUGUGAAGCUUGAUGUAAUUACUUACAAUGUUCUCAUUUCUGAUUAUUGUGCUAAAGGUGAUGUUAUAGCUGCACUCGAUCUUUACGAAGAGAUGAAACAGAAACGUCUCUGGCCAAAUAUGACCACCUACAUAGUUUUAGUUGCUGCUAUUAGUACCGAACAGUAUGUUUCGAGGGGUGAAGUACUUCUCAAGGACUUGAAUGAUAGAGGAUUAAUUUCUGGGUAUUCGGAUGGGAAGUCCCAAAGUUCGUGCAGGAGUUUCGUAGUUGUGUUGGACAAACUGAACUCCUUGAGGUUCAAUCAAGGAAAUAAAGCCAAAAACAAACAAAAAUACCAAUGAAAUGGAUCGUGAGCGCAAGGAAAAAUCUAGUGCUCGAUGGGAGGGAUGAGUAUAUCUACCCAUUUUUGACCUAUUGGUCCUAGUAUCAUUGGCGACUGAAUGGCAGAGGAUAUAGAACUCAAUAUCGAUCUGAUACAAACAAGAGGCUAGCGCGCAAUGACUUUAAGGUGUAUUGCAUUCAUGUGCUUGCUUGGCUAACGUGAAAUUUGUACGAUCGAACGUUUAAUGGGAAUAUGCAUAAGAGCAAAUGGAACAAGGAGCCAAAUAAGGCAGAAUCAGCUGGUAUUAGCUGCCAAGGCCUCUUUCAUUUCUACUCUUGCUAUGCUUCUCAACUAUGGGUGUUGCGAACGAAGAAGCACAGAGACUACCCCCGUAAGCCGAUUGUGCUUUGCUAAUGGUCAUCUGCCUCCAUCUACCAAGUGGAAAAGAACCAGGUCUCGUAACAUUUGCAGCCAUGGUGGACACCUUCAGACCGAUCUCAACGAUAACGAUUAGGUACGUAGCCCUCAUUGUGAGCAUUUGGAAUCUAACAAGAGAACGUUUGACUCGAUUCAAAUGUCAAAAGAUUCACUUCCCCUCCCUAGCUUGUAGCCUUGAAGUUGCUCGAGCUCCUCAUGAGUCAAUGCAUUGAGUAGCUCCAACACAUCAGACAGGAUACAAAAGAGGGAGCUUUUCUAUUCCGUGAGGGGCAAGCUACAAAUAAAGGAGAGUAAAACACAUGGAUAAUGCUAAAUGGAGUAACUGAGAGCACCUCUAGGCGCAUAGAUGGAUUCUCCCCUAUUUUCAAGCUGCUAAACUUGGGUGGUUAAAUGAGUCAUGCAAGAGACCGUGAAGCAGAGACUUGUCAGAACAUUGGGUUGCCUAACUUGUCAGAUGAUGCUAUGUGAGGUCUUAUUUGUUAUUUCUUUUGAGGAACGAAUCUUAACCAAUUAUCGGCUUAGACUUUCGCUAGAGCACCAGUAGGCGCACGUAGGUGGGUUCUACCCUAUUUUCAAGUUGCUAAACUUGGGUAGGUCUAAGCACGAAAAAUGAGUCAUGCAA